UCAAAAGAAUCUAUUUCACGAGCUUAUCUACUGUAUAUAAUUAGGCCUAGUUCUAGGAUUUUUAAAUUCUGCGGACAUUGGAUGUAAAAGUUUUAAAAUGAUAUCAAAUUUAUAAUACACGAAGAAUAAAAAGAAUCCGUCAUGUGGAUUGACCGAAAACAUAAUUACAUAUAAUCCUAAUCAACUCAACAAAACUUUAUAAACAAACCCUAUUCAAACACAGAACUUCAGAAGCAGAAGCUUGUUCAAACAAAGCCUAGGACCAUGGUUAUUUAACACUGUUCAACAGUUGAAAUGCGACCUCCGAUUACGUGUAGGUAAUAUCACUGGGUGGUUUUAUCGAGGUUUAACGUUAAUCAAUGAUUGAAAAAUCAUGGAAUAUGCAUAUACUUCGAAGUUCAAUGAAAGAUUCAAGAAGGAAAAUGGAGAUCGGGGUGCUUUAUACCGGAAGCUACAAAAAUUAUGUCGAAAAUAUGUGUCCAGAAAUUAUUACCAAAACUGUGCACGAACUACGUUUCCCUUCCUGGGUACUUUGCGUUCCUAUAAAGUGAAGGAUUAUCUUGCUAAUGACGUAAUAUCAGGACUUACCGUGGGGGUGAUGCAAAUUCCACAAGGUAUGGCGUACGCCAUGCUUUCGUCGCUUCCCCCGAUAUGUGGGCUAUACAUAUCGUUCUUUGGUCCACUCGUUUACUUCUUCCUGGGCACGUCAAAGCACGUGUCGAUGGGCUGUAUAUCGAUUGUAAGUCUUAUGAUUGCUUCCGUAUUGGAUGACGCUCUAUCUUAUUCCGGCCUAAACACAGACCAAAGUCUCAUUGCUCAGAAUCUCACUGCCCAUGCCGUGCUGAGCUCACCCGAGUACAACAUGUCUAACUACAGCCAGUCAAACAGUACAGUUGAAGCCUUUCCUUUACCCGGUGUUUCUCAGGGACAGCUACCUGACACCCCCAUCAACAGGUUCAAAAUUGAGCUUGCCAGCGCUCUGUCAUUAAUUUCAGGGAUAACCAUGAUAAUCCUGGGUAGGUUUGGUUUUGGCAUCAUCACCACCUACAUGCCAGAGCCCAUGGUGAGCGGGUUUACGUCAGCUGUGGCUGUCCAGAUCAUCACUGCGCAGGCCAAGCACAUCUUUGGUCUGGAUGUUGUGCGGCAUAAUGGGUACUACAAGACGAUUAAGACCUGGAUAGACAUACUGAGAGGUAUCAAUGGUACACAGUGGCUCCCAUUGCUUAUAUUUUGUUUUUCUUUUGUCAUUCUGUACAUCGUCAAAGUCCAUAUCAACAUCCGUUACAAGACAAAACUCAAGGUCCCCAUUCCAGCUGAUCUCAUCGUGGUUGUCCUAGCAACAGUGAUUGCGUACGUUGCAAAGUUACCCGAGAACAACGGACUGAAUGUUGUCCGAGAGAUCCCCGCGGGUUUUCCAUCCUUUCGUCCACCUGAUAUGUCUCUCGUUUUCUCGCGUUACUUGAAAGACGCCAUUAUGAUUGGGGUAGUAGCAUUUACCCAGACAGUUUCCAUAGCCAAGAUAUUAGCCCAGACAAAUAAUUACGACAUCGAUUCAAACCAGGAAAUGGUAGCAUAUGGAGCCGGAAGCGUGGUUUGUUCCCUGUUUUCUGGGUACAUUCCUGCGGGGUCGGUAGGAAGAAGUAUGGUACAAGAGGGAGCAGGUGGUAAAACUCAGGUGGCGUCUUUGUUUGGUUGUCUCGUUGUCUUAGUUGUUAUCGUCGCUAUAGGACCUCUAUUUUAUCAUCUACCAAAGUGUGUUCUGUCCGCUGUGGUGCUCAUGAGUUUACGGGGAAUGUUCCUACAGUACACCGAGCUACCCUCACUGUGGCGCAAGUCCAAGAUAGAUUUUAUGAUCUGGAUUGUCACAGCAGCUAGUACAAUUAUUCUGGAUGCGGAGAUAGGAAUUAUCAUCGGGAUCGUAUUCUCCGUUUUUACAGUGACUGUCCGAACUCAAAGGACUGACGUAUACAAGGCAGGGGUGGUUGAAGGAACUAACAUUUUCAAAAGUACCGAGCGCUAUCAACCGAUUCGGUCUGACGAGGGAUCUCAUUUCGUUGCCAUACAUUUCCAUGGACCAGUUUAUUUUGCCAAUGCGGAACAUUUUAUGAGGACUGUUUAUAAGAAAUCUGGACUUGAUCCAAAUGUUCUCCGGAAAGCGAAGAAACAAGAGGCAAAAUUCAUGUCCCCAUUGACUGAUUCAGAUAGUUUAGCCGAAACAGAAAUGAUGCAUGGUCGGCGGAAAGUUGUGAUAGAUUUCACGACAGUCAAUUUUGUGGACCUUGUUGGAGUUAAAACAAUAAAACGGGUGUAUACAGACUACCAGUCUGUCGGAGUUGAUUUACUAUUGGUCGGAUGUAACGAUGAAGUCAUUAAAAUGUUUAUUAACUGUGAUGUCAUGAAGGAUCUUUCGCAGUGCCUUAUGACAUCAAUGGAACCUCUUUUGUCUGGUUUUAAUAUUCAUCGAACAAAUUCCAUUUGUAACGGAAGGGACGGUUUAGUGAAUGGAUGUUCUUCAUUAGAGUCCAAGGAACAGCCAUGAUAAGACUGAAAGUGAGGCAUAGCCAAAUCAUUCUACUCUUUGCGUGUCUUGUACGGAAUGGUAAACACAAGCAUAUAUAAGGAUAGCUUACUUGCAUAUAGAAACACACCGAUUGAUGGAUAUAUAUAUAUAUAUAUAUAUAUAUAUAUAUAUAUAU